AUGUCCUCUCAAGCGCCCAACACACCAUCCCAUCUCAUUCCAUCUGCAUCUCACCCAUCCCACCUCACCACACUUGCAUUCCAUCACUACCAUCAUUCCACUGCAUUCACCAUUCUUCAAAAAAGGAGUUAUAGCCAAAAGAGUGAAGGCUGCUCCAGACGGCCAUAUCGAGAAUCAGCGCCGAACGCGCAGUCCGGCUGGCCGAGGAACGAUGUUCCGCGCUCGGCCAAAACCGUCGUCCGACUGAUGUCUCGGCCAAAGUUCAAGCCAUCGGCCGAUCACGCAUACGACCCGGGAAACAUUGUCCCGCGGUCGGCCAAGCUUCAAGCAACCACGCCACGCCGCGCACGACCAAGCGCGCGAGCCGGGAAACAAAGCCUCGCGGCCGCGCAACCGUUCGCGUACCACGGCCGAUGCACUCGUCCGACCGGGGAAGAUCGACCCACGUCCGGCCGAGAUCUUUUCCAGCGAAUGCCAUCACUUUCGUGUGGGGAGUCGCCUAAGGACUUACAAGCCAGGGCCUUUAAAUACAAGAGGAUUAGGUUUAGGGUCAAAGGAAAGUCAAGGGGGAAGCAACAUUUUUCGGGUUUGACUUUGACUUCUCAGCUCGAUCGAGUUGAAGCUUGGCCGGUCGAGUUGAGGAACUCGACCGGUUGGUCGAGUAGACGGUCGAGCUGGUCUUCAAGAUGGCUUCUCCCUUCUUCCUUUGCGUAUCCAGUUGAGCUGCUCCAUGUGCCAAGUCCCUCCAUGCUCCUUAUGUCCCAUAUGCUCCAGAAUGCUCCAAAAGACCUAUUUCAAAGGACCAAACAUGCAUAUGUAUGCAAAUGCAACCUAAAACUAACAUGA